UCUGAGGAAACAAAACUGAUCUGAGUCUCUCUGUCGUCUGUCUGUGAGAGAGUGAACAACCGUCCAAAUGGCUCAACAGGGAGUUCUGCUGGACCAGGACCAGUUCUGUUGUUCUGUCUGUCUGGAUCUACUGAAGGAGCCGGUGGUUAUUCCCUGUGGACACAGUUACUGUAGGAGCUGUAUUGAGGGCUGCUGGGAUCAGGAUGAUCUGAAAGGGGUCUAUAGCUGUCCUCAGUGCAGAGAGACCUUCACUCCAAGGCCUAAUCUGAGGAAAAAUAACAUGUUGGCUGAGCUGGUGGAGAAACUGAGGAAGACAGGACUCCAGGCUGCUCCCCCUCCUGCUCUGUGCUAUGCUGGACCUGGAGAUGUGGCGUGUGAUUUCUGCACUGGGACCAGAAAGCAGAAAGCCCUCAUGUCCUGUCUGGCAUGUCUGGCCUCUUACUGUGAGACUCACCUCCAACCUCACUAUGAAUUUCCUGCUUUCAAGAAGCACAAGCUGGUCAAAGCCACGGCACAACUACAGGAGAAGAUCUGCUCUCAUCAUGACAAACUGCUGGAGGUUUACUGUCGUACCGAUCAGCAGUGUAUCUGUUAUCUGUGUACAAUGGAUGAACAUAAAGGCCAUGAUACAGUGUCAGCUGCAGCAGAGAGGACUGAGAAACAGAGGCAGCUGGGGAUGAGUCAGCAGAAGGUCCAGCAGAGAUUCCAGGAGAGAGAGAAGGAGCUGAAGGAGCUCCAACAGGCUGUGGAGUCUCUCAAG